AUGGGCUACUUCAUUGGUCGCCGAAUGCCUUUUAAGGUAGUUGAGGAGGCUAUGAAGAAAAUGUGGGGGCCAAACCUUUCUGAAGUCAUGUCAAAUGGCAAAGGUCUCUUUAUGUUUCGCAUUCCUGAUAGGGAAUUCCGUCGAAGCGUGCUUGAAAGUGGUCGGAUAACGGUUGCUAGAAUACCACUUGUGCUGCAGCAAUGGACCCCUGGUCUUGAGCUGAGAAGGGAGACCCACCGUGUGGUUCAUGUUUGGGUUAGACUAUCGAACAUCCCCUUUUCGUGUUGGUCCGCCCACUUCAUCGGGAGAGUUGCAAGUGCGCUUGGCAAACCCCUUUAUGUGGAUAAGAGUACAGAGCAGGUGAAUAGCCUUACCUUUGCUAGGGUCUGCAUCGAAAUUACUGCUGAUCAACCUGAUUGGAAACUGAUUGAGACAACCCAUAAUGCGGCUAUUAGGCCUGGUGGACCUGGAACAGAACGUGUCGAUGAUGGUCCUUCUUCAAAGGAAUCCGAACCUUAUAGCAAGGCUGCAAGUGGAAAUAUCUCACAGCAAAUCAGACCAUCUUCGGUGGCGUCUGAGGAUCGAGGGGGAAGGUCUUCGGGUGCGCCGUUGGUCCCUUUUACGGAAUCUGCAAUGGAUGUAGGACAGACCAACUCCUUUGGUGGUUCCUCUCCUCUUGUUCAGCAGGUUGCGAAUCUGGAGGUCAAAGGCAAGGAGAAGGAGCAGAAGUCGCAGAACUUGAAUGCUUCGUUGACACCAUACUCGGAGGCGAGGCAGCCUUGCAACCUGAAGGAAGCUGAAGAUGAGACCAGCAAUAUUUCAUCUAAAGAAGACGGUGGCCACACGCCUAGACCCGCUCCUUCGAGUGGCCUUUCGGAACCUACUAGGGCUGGUUCGAGCCAAGAUCAGCUUCUCCUUUUGCUGCCUGACCCGCCGGGACCUUCUCCUAUGGAGGACUCGAAAGCGACUAGAAGUAGGCGCAGGGGCGCCAAGCGGAAAGGUAUUAUGAACCCUGUCAGAAGGGCGGAGAUUAGAAAGUUUGCUGUUGCAAAUAAGCUUUGCCUUAUUGGGCUUUUUGAAACUAAAGUUCCAGAGCCUUUGUUUGGUUCCAUAUCUUCCAAUAUUUUGAGAGGCUGGAAUUGGAUUGCGAACUAUGAUUUUGCUCCGCGCGGUAGAGUCUGGAUUGGAUGGGAUCCAGCUACCGUCAGUUUUGAGUUGAUCUCUUCGAAUGACCAAGCCAUCCAUGGGUGCUUGAAGGGGUUAUCUUCUAAUUUUACUUGCUGUGUUUCCGCUAUCUAUGGAGAGCAUUCCUUUAUGCGGCAGAGGCCUCUUUGGUCUGAUCUUAUCAAUUGUGACGAUUUUUUUCAAGACUAUGCCUGGAUAGUAGCCGGAGAUUUUAAUGCAAUCAAGGACCCUUCUGAUCGCGUUGGUAGCUAUAAUGCCUGGAUCCCCUGUUUUGAUGAUUUCAAGUUAUGUCUGGACCAAACGGAACUUGAGGACCUCAGGUACUCUGGCCUUCGGUUUACCUGGUCGACCUCGGCGGGUGCGAAUAGGAAGAUGCGAAAAAUUGAUAGAGUUCUUGUCAACUCUAAAUGGAGAAUGGACUUUUCAUACUCGGAGGCGUCGUUUCUCAAUCCUGGAAUUUCUGAUCAUACUCCUAUGGUUGUCAGGGUUGUGGAUCCGUGUCCAAGGAGGAAGCCUUUUAAGUACUUUGAUUUUUGGGUUGAGCACCCGGACUUCCAUUCUACGGUCUUGCAGGUGUGGGAUAGUCAAGUUUGGGGAGUUCCCAUGUUUAAACUAGUUUCGAAGCUGAAAUUGUUGAAAUCUCGCCUCAAGGAUCUUAAUCUGGAGGCUUUCUCGGAUAUUUCUCUAAGAACUCUUGAAGCGAGGGAAGCCUUGCGUUCUACUCAGCAUCUCCUUCAGUUGGAUCCUGAAAAUAUUCCACUAGCUGAGCUUGAAAAAGGGCAGCGCCGUGCUUUUAUAGACCUUCAUGGUCAAGAGGAAUCUACGGUCGUCUCGGACCCUGAUUUGGUGCCUCAAGUUUUUCUAUCUUUCUUUUCGGAUCUACUUGCUCCUCGAGCUGGCUUAGCUAAGCCUGAUCUUCAAGAGCUUACUUCUCUUAUUCGAAAGCCGCUUUCCGAUAGCCAGGUUUAUUCCCUAGCUUCUCCUGUCUCUGAUUUGGAAGUUAAGAAGACCUUGUUCUCGCUUGCGAAGGGAAAAGCCCCUAGUCCAGAUGGGUUUACAGCAGAAUUCUUUAAAAGUAACUGGGAUAUCGUAGGCCCUUUAGUUAUAGAGGCUGUGAAAGAUUUUUUCUCCUCAGGUUGUCUUCUUAAAGAAGUUAAUGCGACUAUCCUAGCUCUAAUUCCUAAGGUGCCGAAUGCUUGUGAAGUAAACGACAGACCGAUUGCUUGCUGCAAUACUAUCUAUAAGCUUAUCACCAAGAUCUUGGCCAAUAGAAUUGCGCCUGUACCUCAGGAUAUUGUAAACCCGUCCCAGAAUGCGUUUGUAAAAGGAAGAAGAAUAAGGGAUAAUAUCUUAUUGGCUCAAGAGCUGUUUGCAGGCUUCCACCUAGACCCAUACCUCCCAAGAUGUGCGGUCAAAGUGGAUUUUCGCAAGGCCUAUGACACUGUGGACUGGGAUUUCCUAGAGCUUACUCUUACUACCUUCCGGUUUCCUCCGUGGAUUAUUCGUCGGAUUAUGGCUUGUGUACGCACACCCAGGUUCUCUAUCUCUAUUAAUGGGGAGCUUCAUGGCUUCUUCCCAGGAGAUUGGAAAUCGGCUGUGAUCCUCAAAAGAAGCCUCGACAUUUUCCCUUCAUGGAGUGGUCUUCUCCCCAACAAAAAUAAGAGCGACAUCUUUCUUUCGGGAGGUGAUCCUGCUUUGUGCAACAGAAUCCUCCUAGCAUUUGGUUUUCAGGAAGGUAAACUCCCGAUUCGGUACCUUGGAGUGCCAAUUAUCUCAAAGAGGUUGAGUAAGGCUGACUGUACUCAGUUAAUUGACCGCAUUACCGCGCGAGCCCGCUCCUGGUCCCACAGGUUCCUCUCUUUUGCUGGGAGACUUCAGCUCAUAAGAUCCUGUAAAUUGCGGUUGGAGAAUUGUGGUUUCUUGCUUCCUCCUCUUUCGGUUGAUAGCGAUCAUUUUGUGUGGCGUCAAGAUUCUUCAGGGGCCUUCUCCGUAGCUUCUGCUUGGAACGCCAUCAGAGCUUCUAAAGCCAAAGCACCUUGGACUUCUUUUGUGUGGGAUAAGGAUUCAGCCCCUCAGUUUCAAUUCCUCUUGUGGCUUAUUACUAAAAACGACUUGCCAACGCAGUCACUUCUUCUCUCAUAUGGAAGGAUCGAUUACUCGGUCGUCUUCAGCACGGAUGUUCUAGGCUUCGUCCAUGGAGAUCUGGUUGCUGAAUCUGGUGGCUGGGCUGUGUCUGUUGUUUGCGCUCUUUCUGUCCUUGCCCUUUGUGGCUUUUGCGCGGCUCCCUUCCACUCUUUUGUUCACAUUUAG